AUGAUAAAAAAGUUUAUUAUUAUUAUUAUUAUUAUUAUUGAUAUUAUUGAUAUUAUUGAUAUUAUUGAUAUUAUUGAUAUUAUUGAUAUUAUUGAUAUUAUUGAUAUUAUUGAUAUUAUUGAUAUUAUUGAUAUUAUUGAUACUAUUGAUAUUAUUGAUAUUAUUGAUAUUAUUGAUAUUAUUGAUAUUAUUGAUAUUAUUGAUAUUAUUGAUAUUAUUGAUAUUAUUGAUAUUAUUGAUACUAUUGAUAUUAUUGAUAUUAUUGAUAUUAUUACCUAUUAA